AUUCAGUGUGCGAUAUCCCGGCGGACGGUGCAGACAACGCUUUUCGCCACGAUCACACGAUUCGAGCUAAACAACAAAAAGAAAAAAGUUAUAUAUAUACAUAUAUAUCAAAAAAGUACAAGAAAAAGAAAAGCUAAAACACAAAAGGUUGCCCUUUCAAAACUUAAAACAAGCCACGCGAAAAACUUUUGACUUUAAGUCAAAACAAUUAUUUUUUUAUUGUGACAAAACAAAGAGUACAAAAUAAAAGUCAUUAUCAGUACAAAACAUACCUCAAUCAGUAGUUGCAAACACGUGCUAGAAGUGACCACAAAAAAAAAAAGUUAAAAAAAGAAAAAAAGAAAAGAUCAAAAAAUAUAUUAUUAACCCAGUGAAUUGAAAAUCGCCCCAGGAAGUACAGCUGACUAAACCAUAUCAACGGUCCGGUGACUAAGCUCAACCUCUCAACCUCGACCUCAGCCUCAGUCCUUCUACCUACUACCUACUACCUACUACCUCUCACUAUCCCCAGUAGUACGACAUCCUGGCCCCCAAAAACCACGGACAUUACGACGCACACAUCCUGCGACAGACACACGGCGCCCCAACAUUUCCCACAUUUUCAAUAAAAUGUAAACCAAACGAUUCUCCGGAUUCUUUCAAUUCUUGUUCCGAUUUGUAUUCUUCAUUCAUUCCUUAAACAAAAAACCGAAAAAAAAACGUAAGCCUACGUAAUACUGAACAGCAAUCAAUGCACUUUCCAUAAUUCUUAACUUAUUAUAUAUAUUAUUUAUCGAAAAAUAAAACCAUCUUGUGAUAUCUUUUUUUGUGUUUAGUCAUAGGUUGAAAAAAAAAAUAGAAAGAAAAAAACCAAAACAAAAAGUAUGCAAAACCCAUAGACAAGUAAUUCUUAAAAAAAAAAAUAAAACAAAAAACUAUAUUUAUUAGAGCACAGUUUAUAAUUUGUGUUGAAUGUUUAGUUUCCGUUGAUUUUAAGCCAAUUUAUAGUUUCAAAGCCUAGACACUCAGGAUUUAGUUCAAAUAUUAGUAGUUUAGUCGAUGAGUUGUAUUUGCGAAUACUCGCUUGAGAGAAGCCAAAUCAAUGCGAAAAUGUCGCUGCCCAACGAACAGACAAACUUGCCGCACAAUCCCAGCCAACCAGCAUCCGCAGACACACAGACACCAGCCACGGCAACAGGAACCACAACACCAUCCACACCAACACCAUCCACAAGAACCACACAACCAAAUGAGCUGAAACACCGCCUGACGCCACUGAAUGUGCGUCGUUUAUCGGGCUACGUUAAUCCGCAAGCGAUCAGCGAUAAUGCUGGCGAUGAUCCCCCGCCCACCACCAUUAACAUUGGCCUCUUCAACAACAAUAACAAUAAUAAUACAAAUAAUAAUAAUAAUAAUAACAACAACAACAACAACACAGCAUCAACAACGCCACCAUCUGCAUAUGCCACACCACCAAUAUACCAACAACAGUUGUCCACACUGACAGCAACAACACCGCUAGAUGUGGCACCGGAUGAUAAAUACAGAUUGUUUACCAUUUUCAAUGGAAACGAUCCCGACAAUGAGAAAUUGUCGGGCCUACCACAUUCGACAACCGGUUCACUAAGCUCAAUCAUCACGACGUCCAUAGCAUCCUCCGAACCGGAUCCUGGAGCGGUGAGCGGCGGCGGCGGCGGCGGCGGCGGCGGCGGCGGCGGCGGCGGAAUAGGAGGAGCAGGUGGCGGCGGCGGCGGCGGCGGAGGCAAUGGCGGUAUCGGAUCGGGUGCCCUGGUGGCAGCGGAUGCCUCCAGCAUUGCCGGCAUCAAUGGCAGCUCCGAGGAGAAGUUGGCGCUCAAUCGACCCGGCAUCAAGCAGGAGAAGUGGACAACUAUCCUACUGCAGGUAUCCAUUCCGUUCUUUCUGGCCGGGAUUGGUACCAUCGGAGCUGGCAUUGUCCUGGGACGCGUUGAGAAAUGGUAUGUCUUCAAGAACGUAAGCGAGCUGUUCAUCCUGGUGCCGGCACUUUUGGGUCUCAAGGGCAACCUGGACAUGUGCCUGGCAUCGCGUCUCUCCACGCAAGUGAAUCUGGGCAACAUGACCAGCAGACAGGGCGUAAUACGGAUGAUAGUGGGGAACAUAGCACUGGUGCAGGUCCAGGCGACGGUGGCCUCCUUUCUGGUGGCCAUGUUUGCGGUGAGCGUGGGCGCGGCCAUGACCGGUGACUUCUAUUUCGAGAACAUGAUGCUGCUGACUGCCUCGGCCAUGUUCACGGCCACCUCGUCGUGCUUUGUGCUGGACUUCGUUUUGGUGGCUGUAAUCCUGUUCUCGCAGAAGUACCGCCUCAAUCCGGACAACCUGGCCACACCGUUGGCCGCCUCCAUUGGUGACGUGGUGUCCAUCAGUUUGCUCUCCUUUAUCGCCUCGCUGCUGUACGAUCAUAUCAAAACGCACCUGUGGAUCACAUUCAUCGUGGUCACCUGCUACCUGGUGCUGUUGCCCAUGUGGGUGAUGAUCGUGCUGAGGAACGAGUACACGCGGCCGGUGCUAAAGAGCGGAUGGGUUCCCGUCCUCUCGGCCCUCUGCAUAAGUGGUCUGGGUGGCCUUGUGUUGGAUGCCGCCGUCGAGGUGUUUAAUGGAUUCGUAGUGUUUCAACCGAUCAUCAACGGAAUCGGCGGCAAUCUGGUAUCGGUGCAGGCCAGCAAGAUAUCCACAAUGCUGCACCAGAGCUCAAUUAUCGGGAUUAUACCACCGCACACGCAGAUCUUCGAGUGGCCUUGGCGGGCGCUCUUCAAAGGAGUUCCCUAUGCGAAGACAGCGAGGAUACUUAUUGCCAUGUCCAUACCCGGCAAUGUUCUGUUCAUCUUUGCUGCUGACUAUAUAAACUAUAGCACCUCGACGGUCACCUGGGUGUUUGUGCUUUCCUAUUUGACCGCCAGUUUGGUUCAGGUGAUGCUGCUGCUGUAUAUUGCCCACAUCAUUGUGCACGCGAUGUGGAAGUGGAAGAUCGAUCCGGAUAACUCGGCCAUACCCUACCUGACGGCCUUGGGCGAUCUGCUCGGCAGCAGUCUGCUGGCGGUGGCGUGGCUCUUCACCAUGUCGGUGGGCAUGCAGUACGGAUCCGGAAUGGAGACACUAAACGCACCUAACUAAUGUAGCUAACGAAAUAGGGAGUACGGAGUAACGUAGAACGAUAAACAAGGCAGCCACACAUACACACACACCAUACAAUAUAAAGAACUGUUAUGUACCUAAAACAAAUAUACAGAAAACAUAGAAAUUGUACGUAUAGCCAGCCUCCUCCAGCCACCCAAAAAUCUUAAAUCCAAGACAAAAAAAAAAAACCUCCCAACACCAAACGGAAACGGAAACGGAAACCGCUAUAAAACGAACUAACUUUUAAUGAUGCAUGUCGAAUGCUCGAGGCGAGAGAUAUUAAGAGAUAUGAUAUCAUUUUACAUUGUGUCCUUCUUCACAUGGCUUUUGCUUGUGUUCCUUUUGCUCUACCGAGAAAUUAUGUGCGAUUAUGGUAUAUAUACAGGCUAUAUAUAGGCAUAUGUAGAAUUGCAGGCCGCUGCGUCAUAUUUUUUAAGGCUUUUAGGACAAUAUUAUACACAUUUAAAGAAAAGUAUAUACAUUGUAUAGGGAGAAAAAGACGACGAAGAAUUACUAAAAGAACAUUUACGCCACGCAAAUUGUUUUCUCCCACUUUGGUUCUUGAUUCUUUCGCUCUUGAUUACCUUAAACAGCCAAAUAAUAAUUGCAAAACGUAGACGUAAAUAGAGCCUACUUAAAUCCUUAAUUUACACUUAACCAAUUAUGUAGUAUUAGCGCAGAUUUGAUUUUUGCAAGUCUCGCUUUCGAUUUUGUUUUUUUUUUUAAUAUUACUUUUCUCAUUGUCCCCUUCCAUCCCCCUUUCCAUUUCCCCCCCGCAGAGCGCGAGCGAUAAAAAGAAAUAGGAGAAGCAAUAAUUAAACCGCGAAUUGCGAUAUAUAUGAUUGCAAAUUAGUUAGGACGAUGGAAAGGAAGUGUGUAUGCAGGAGUUUGUGCGUUCUGCUCCGCAUCAAAAAGUGAACAGGGAUUAAAAUGAUGAGAAUGAGAGACGUUCUGAAAGGAAAUGUGAUCGAUAUUUAGUUAUAACAAUAAUAAUAAUAAUAAUAAUAAAUUAAUUGAAAACGUAAGAGAAAAGGCAUCAAUAUUGUGUAAUACUUGAAACAAUAAUACCAAUUAAAUAAAUAUGUUGGAAUAAACGAAAG